UGUUUUGUUUUUAUAAUUUUUAGAUUUCCAAUACGGUACAAAAUGACAUAUCUUUAUCAUCUCUUCAAUUAAAAAUCGAGAAAUAAUCCUAGAUUGGUUUAUUUUAUCUUUUAAUUAUUCUAAUUAGCCUGCUUGCAAUCGUCGCUACUGAUUGAAGGACACAAUCGUAUGAAGGAAACUAUAGCAUUAAUUUAAUAAUGCUAAUUAAAACUAUAGCAUUAUUUAAAGGUAGGCUUACGAGAACAUCAACUAGCAACACACACCUUAUGAAGAACACUCUUCAUUAUUACUCUCGCCCGUUCCAGCACUAUCGCAAAGAGGAAAAUGACGAGGAAAAUUCAACCAAUUAUAUUCGGCAGGAUGCUCAAUUAGUGUUGCCGUUUCUAUCAGCCUGCUUAACCCUUGUCCACUCGCGUCCAAUGGAGUCUUUCGAUGAAGCAGAGUCCUACACCAUGGAAAAUUACGACGAAGAGACAACAACAGCAGCAUACCCGUCUGACAUUCCAUCAACAUUGUCACCAUCAUUGGAUGACCUUGAAUUAACUUCGUCAGCGUCAUUGGAUGACCUUGAAACAGCUGAGCACCAUUAUCGCAGACGCCGGUACAGGGGACACCGAAGGCGUUGUGGCGGCCAUCAUAGGAGGAGAGGUGGUCACGGAGGCCAUAGGAGGCGCUGGGGUGGCCAUCAUGGUUUCGGAGUGGGGGUAGCAAUCCCAGGUGGAUACAUUGUUUACGGAUGAAAUGACACUACAAUAAUUGAGCCAACUAUACAGUGACAAGUGUUCAACCAACUCUGAUGCCAAAUAUUUUUUGAAAAUCGAACACCAAAUAUUCUUUUGAAGACUAAAAAAUGAACUUGUUUUCAAUCUGAGAACAAUUUAGUGACUUUUAUAUUUUUUUAAUAUUUAAUUUAUUUAUUUUAUUAGAUUAUUAAGCAAACAACUGAUUAUUUAUUUAUUUUCAAUCAUUGUCAAUUAUUUAUUAUUCAAUACCAUUCAUUGAAAAUAGAAUAUUCAUAAUUAGAAUAGUGAAAUAUUAUAUUAGGAUGGGAAUAUUAGUAAGUUAUUUAUUUAUGUAGUCAAUUUAUAAAUUUUAAAUUAUUGGGAAGAAAAAUCGAUAGACCUAAAAUUUUUGAACAGGAUAUAACUAGGCCUAUCCAAUAGUUAUUUCCAUGCAGCCACAUUAUUAUAAAGUUUUUGAAGAGUUUCACAUUUUAUAAGAAUUAAUUAUUGCUUAAUCAAUGAAAGAGAAAUGUCAUCUUGUUUUUUCAAUUAUAGAAUGAUUUAAAUAAGAAUACUAAGAAAUUGUCAAAAAUUACAGAUUUUAUUGAUAGUUAGAAAGACCGGUUUCGGUUGUUACCGUACACCAUUGUCAAUCUCUGAUGAACCUGAUAAAAUAGAACGGUUUAAUAAUAUACACAGCAGAGAUUCUAGUUCAUACUGGUAUUUUGCAAAAAUUAUAUGUUUUAAGUUUGUUGGAUUAAACAUUUCAGUUUUUAUUGUCUAUGAUUCAUAUUGUAAAAGUAGUGUCCUGUAUGAAUGAGCUUAUAAGAAGUAGUGUACAACAAUUUUGAGAGUAAUAGAGAUCUGUAAAUCAAUCUUGUAUGAGUAGCCGUAAAGUGCCUAUAAAACAUAGGCUACAUUUUGGCAACAAAAUUAGUGUGAAUAUUUUUGUGAAAAAUGUAAUGUGUAAUCACAAUAUGAUAACAUUGAUAAAGUAUUGGAAAUUGUUCAGUUCAUUCUGUCGGUGUUGUUUAAAUUGAUGCAAAAUUGAAUGAUGAACAUUAGAGGUAGGUAAUAAUAGAGUGGAUGAUGUAGAGAAAUAGUUUGGGUGGGGAAGUACCGUAGGGCAACAUAGUUUCUCAAUUUAUCCAAAAUCCAAAACUUUAACAAAAAUAGAACAGUAAUCUGUUUUAUUCUGUGAUACCUUCUUGUUACCGUUAGUGAAGUUCUUUUACUUCACAAACAGUGUUACUCAUCACAUCCAAUAGCGAUGUUUUCAAGCUUAUAUCUCUAGAAAUACUUCACUCAUUCUCAAUGAUUACCAAAGCUAUCAUAGGAUCAAAUUAUGAAAUGAAGACUAAUAAGUUUUCUUAAACUUUGCCAAUGUGAAUUUUGAACCGACUUGGAAUAAACAAUUUAAAAUCAAUAGUUCUAGAGUAAAUUCCGCACAAAAUGAGAGAAUGAUGAUGAGUUAUCACAAAAUCACUACUGAUUUUAUAGAGCUUAUUAUUUUAAUUAUUAUAAUAAUAGUUAUUAUUAUUUAAUAUAUUAUAAGAUUUAUUUAGAGAACUAUUAAUUCACAUAUGUUUAUUCGGAUUUUCAAGGAUAAAUGAUUAAAACUACC